AACCUUAUUGCUGAAUUAUCAAUAUUUUCCCUUUAAAUUUGGGGGCUCGCAGUAUGAGCUUCAUUCUGUAUUUCGAAGUGCUUCAGAAGGAGGAACUAGCUCCAGUGACGUCACAUCUUGAGUAAAUUGUGAGUGUUCAAUAUGUCUGACUCAGAGUUUGAAUCCACAUUCGGUGGGAGUUCCACCUCCAUCAUCGCUAACCCUCGUAAACAUACGAAGAAGAGGAAGACUGCGCCAACUUCAUCAAGAUCAGACUCUGAGUGUGAAACUGUGCAGCCAGCAGCGCUGAAAAAGAAACCUGUAGCUUCUAGACCUCGAGCUCCAACGAAGAGUUCUACGGAUCUGUUCGGGCUACUAUCCGACGAAGACGAAAGUGUCGCCAUCGAAAACUCUCAACGACUAAAAGUCGGUCGUCAGCAGCUGGACAGCAGCCUGACCUCGAAGGUGGCCAACGGUGUCGUGCGGCGAACGGUUCCGCUCGAGGGCGCUUAUUACGUGGAGGUGCGUGUUUACAACACCAGGGACGCGCUCAAGACGCCGCCCGCGGAUCGCUACAAGAAGACGCUGCACACGCUGAAGGUUCAGCUUAACACCGAAACAUCGCAGUGGCGGGAUCUUCAAAAAUUUAUGAAGACCACGAAGAAAUUGUUUGAAGACCGCGAGCCAAUAUUUUAUAAUAAUAAAAUAAACUUUAAAUCUUAGUUUUAAGUUAGUUAGUUCUAUUCUGAGAAUGAUUUAAAAUAAAUAGCAUCUAAUAUAUUUUUUGUUGCAUUUUCCUAUAGGCUUUUAAGUUUAGUCAUAUAUGAACAUCUAGAGUUAGACUCUCGUUAAUUUUCUGUUAAAUCUUAAACCUAAAUCUUCUUUUAGAAUUUAUAAGCCAUAGUUUGUUGUAUAAUUCAUAAAUUGUGUAAUUCCCGUUAACUGUACUACGUUAUUGUU